UGUCAUUAGGAGCAGAUGACACGGGAGGUAAUCUGCUGUUUGCGCACGUUCCUCCUCCAGCAUGUGCUUCUGUCUACAUUACUGUGCGGCGCCUAGGGCGCUGUGACCGUCGGCCUGCCCCAGAACUCAACGACACUCUGCGGUACUGGUGGACCACUGGCCCUUUUUUCUGGUGAAUUGGAAACUACAGUUGCCAUGGGUCAGUCGCUGGACUUAUGGACCCACAUUCGGUUAAAGGGUUUGUGAUCUUUGCUGAAGAUGAGUAGUGCGGCGGACAACACCCCCGACCCUGCUGCCAGGGGAGAGUCCCUGAAGCGUAAAGAAUGUGGCCCGGACCUCCUGGGGCCCAGCCCCAAGCGGUGCACGGAAAAGCGAAACCGGGAGCAUGAAAACAAAUACAUAGAGGAACUCGCCGAGUUGAUCUUUGCGAACAUCAACGACAUUGACAACUUCAAUGUCAAGCCUGACAAAUGUGCAAUCUUGAAAGAAACUGUGAAGCAGAUUCGUCAAAUCAAAGAGCAGGAGAAAACAACUUCAUCCACCGCAGAGGAGGUACAGAGAGCAGACGUCUCGUCAACAGGCCAGAGCGUUAUUGACAAGGAUGCUCUUGGACCGAUGAUGCUUGAGGCCCUGGAUGGCUUCUUCUUUGUGGUUAACAUGGAGGGGAAUAUUGUGUUUGUCUCGGAGAACGUGACACAGUACCUGCGCUACAACCAGGAGGAGCUGAUGAACACCAGCGUCUACAGCGUCCUUCAUGUCGGAGACCACGCUGAGUUCAUCAAGAACCUGUUGCCCAAGAGCCUGGUGAACAGCAGGGCUCCACGAUCCAGUGAGAACCCCAACAGGAACAGCCACACGUUCAACUGCCGCAUGCUGGUUAACCCCCACGGGCCCGGAGAGGGGGGCAAGCUGGAGCCCCCAGACCAGGAGGUGCAGCAGAAGUACGAGACCAUGCAGUGUUUCGCCGUGUCAGAGCCGAAGUCCAUCAGAGAGGAGGGAGAAGAUUUCCAGUCGUGUCUGAUCUGUGUGGCGCGAAGGGUUCCUGUCAAAGAGAGACCCGUGCUGUCAACAUACGAGAGCUUUACAACCAGGCAGGAUCUCCAAGGUAAAAUCACCUCUCUGGACACAAGUCUGCUGAGAGCCUCCAUGAAGCCCGGCUGGGAGGACUUGGUCAGGAGGUGCAUUCAGAGGUUCCACCUUCAGAACGAUGGGGAGAUUUCCUUCGCCAAGAAGCACCAGCAAGAAGUCUUGAGAGUGGGCCAUGCGUUCAGCCCUCUGUAUCGGUUCUCCCUGUCCGAUGGUACCAUUGUGUCGGCCCACACCAAGAGCAAGCUGGUGCGCUCUCCUGCCACCAACGAACCCCAGUUCUACAUGUCCCUCCACAUCCUCCAGCGGGAGCAGACUAUGUGUGGGAUGAACCCAACCGUUUCUGCCCAGGGACAGGGGAAGCCAAUGAACACCAUGUCCUCUCUGACUCCUCCCAGUGUGGGCGGGCCGUCCCCAGGGCCAAUGGGCCAGGGCCUGGGCCAGGACACAACGGUCAGCAGCAACACCAACGUGGCCACAAUAGGGAGCCUUCAGGGUGGACGAUACGGAUGCCAGGGGACAAUGAACCGUGCCCCCACCCCUCAGGGCGGCAGCUAUGCACUCAAGAUGGGGAUGAACAGCCCGUCGCAGGGCAGCCCCAGUGUCCCCUCUCAGGCCGGUGGCGGUUCAAUGUUGUCCCCCCGCCACCGCCAGAGCCCCAACGUGGUUAUCAGCCCUCGCGUUCCUCCUCUGGGGCCGUUCUCCCCGACGGGCAGCCUGCACUCUCCGCCUGGGGUAUGCAGCAGCACAGGGUUGGGGAACAGCCACAGUGGCUUCACGGCUAACAGCUCCCUCAGCGCACUUCAGGCACUCAGCGAAUGCCAAGGGGUCUCCCAGCAGGGCCGGUCUUCAGGGUCACCUGACAUUAAGCCCGGGAACCUGCUGAGUCCCGCUGGUGGUGGUGGUGCCGGCAGCAGCAGUAGUAAAAACUCCAACCUGAACUCCAGCCAGCUGGCGAACCUCCGAAGCAGCAUGUCAGAGAGGGAGAUGGAGAUGUUCGGCGCAUACGGGAAGCAGUCUCAGCUGGAAGGGGAGGGGGAGGACGCGGGUGAGAGGAGGGGGUCCAAAGACGGCACCCCGGAGCCCUUGGGAGGAGAGCUGGCGGAGGCCCAGAGCAGGCUGCUCACCAGCAAGGGCCCCACCAAGCUCAUGCAGUUGCUCACCAACAAGUCUGAGCAUGUGGAUCCCUGCUCGCCCCACGGGGUCCCCUCAGGAGGGGACCACAACUGCAAGGACUCUGGGCCGGGGGGCCAAAACAACCACUCCACCUCGCUGAAGGAGAAACACAAGAUCCUCCACAGGCUCCUGCAGAACAGCACGUCCCCGGUGGAGCUAGCCAAGAUUACGGCCGAAGCCACGGGGAAGGAAGUGGGUCAGGGGGAGCCGGACCAGAUGGGAUCAGACAACAUGGCCGCCAAUGCGGCAGAGAUGGCCAUCAAGCAGGAAUCCAUCAGCCCCAAGAGGAAGGACAAUGCUCUGCUGCGAUACCUGCUAGACAAAGACGACAACACCAUGCAGGAGAAAGGCAUCAAGAUGGAACCGGGAACUGAGAUGACGCUGGCCAAUGUGAAGACAGAGACCCACGACCCGGGAUACAACAUGGCCGACCAGUCUAGCGAGCUGGAAGACAUCCUGGAUGAUCUCCAGUGUAGCCAACAGCAACAGCUCUUCUCAAGCCAGCAGCAGCAGCAGCAGCAGCAGCAGCAGUCCAGGCCCAUGUCCCUGCCUGCCAACGUAGACAAGCAGUCCAUCAUCAACGACAUCCUGCAGAUGACUGAAAAUAACAGUAGCCCGACAGGGACCAACACCCAGCAGAAGGCCUUCCCUGGCAUGGGCCCAGGACACUUCAACGGCCCCAGGAUGGGUCAGCCGGGCCGAGGGCCACCAAUCCGCAAUCUGUCCCUUGAUCAGUCCAAUAUGGCGCCUCACGGUUCUCCCCGGCCCUCGUUCCCUGCUCCCAGGAACAACAGCUCCUACGCUGUCAUGCAGCAACAGGCCAUGAUGGGAAACCACGGGAUGCUUCAGAACCCGGCCAACCUGGGCAACGCAGGCAUGCCCCGGGCUAGCAUGCAGCAGGCUUGGGGCCCCCAGGGGCCGAUGGGACCGGCUCUGCAGCAGAGAAUGGGGCCCGACGGUCGCAUGGUGCCCAACGUCUCUGCCGGAGUCCCCAUGAGACCCAGCAACCAGCAGCCCGGACCCAGACAGAUGGUCCCCAUUCAGGGUAUGGGAAAUGCAGAGAUGGAGAUGGCUGCUCCUCCCUACCCGGGACAGCAGGCCCCACCUAAUCAGACUGCCCCUUGGCCCGAUCGCAUGAUACCUGUGGACCACGGGCCUUACGGCAACCAGAACCGACCGGUAUAUUGUAACCCCCAGGAAGAGGCUAUGUGCCCCCCCUCCGGGCCGGGCGGGGAGGGGCCGUCGGACGGCGAUGCUCUGCUCAGCCAGCUCUACUCUGUGCUGAAGGACUUUGAUGGCCUGGAGGAGAUUGACCGCGCCCUGGGCAUCCCCACACUGGUCAGCCAGGGCCACCCGGUGGAACAGGAGCAGUACCCCGGUCAGGAGUCACCCAUGAUGAAGCCACCCAUGUACGGCCAACACUACCCGCCAGCUGGUGCCGUGGCGCAGGGCAACUACCUCGGCCAGCAGGACACCAGCUUCCACGGUAUACCCAGUCAGAUGGGUCAGCGGAUGAGCUACUCUGUGCUCCGGCUCCCCACCCGGCCGGGGCAACGACCUGGAGGCCCAACACCCGCCCCGCCCAAUAGCCUGAGGUUGCAGCUUCAACACAGGCUCCAGUCUCAGCUGCAGAAUCGUCAGCCAAUGAUAAAUCAGAUGGGUGUGGCUAACAUGAACCUACCUCUCAGACCAAGUUUACCCAACCAGGGAACCCUUAAUGCUCAGAUGCUGGCCCAGAGACAGAGGGAGUACCUGAGUAACCACCUGCGCCAGCGCCAGCAGCACGUCCACCAGAGAGCCAUGCUGAUGCGAGCCCAGGGCCUCAACAUCCCCCCCAACAUGGCCGUGGCGGCGGGGUCCUCGCAGUCCCCCGGAAUGCCCCCCGGCUCCAUGGGAAGCAACCCCCGGAUCCUCCAGGCAAACCCCCAGCAGUUCCCCUACCCGGCCAGCUACGGUACUGGGCUUACGUCCCCGCCGCCCUCUACCAGCCCCUUCUCCCCGCUGUCCCCUGGUCUCCCCGGGGCUCAGCAGCUCCUCUCCCCUUUCCACUCCUCCCCGACCCCACACGGCUCCUCCCAGAUGAGUCUGGCUAACCAGCAAGGGAUGAUGGGAAACGUAGGCGGCCAGUUUGGAGCCGUAAUGAGUCCACACAUGCAGCAGCAGCAGCACAGUGCCUUCCAGUUUCCCAGCUCAGGUCUGAACCAGCAGCAGCAGGACGCUGGCUUCACAGGAGCCACCACCCCCCAGAGCCCACUCAUGUCACCCCGCAUGAGCCACGCGCAGAGCCCCAUGAUGCAGCAACAGGCCCAGGCCAACUCUUCCUACCAGCCACCCUCAGAGAUCAAUGGCUGGCCUCAGGGCAACAUGUCAGGGACCGGCCUGUUCGCGCCGCAGUCUCAGCCUCAGCAGUAUGCAUCCCAACAGUCUAGCGGUGGAAUGUACAAUGGCAACGCCGCCAACCUGAACAUGAACUUGCAGGGUGUCCCGAUGGCCUCCAAUGCCAACGGUAGCAUGAGCAACAUCAACCAAAUGUCAGCAGGCCAGAUGACCAUGACCUCUGUGCCUACAGGGAAUGUGUCAUCCAUUGGCCCUGAACAGAACUAUUGCUGACCCUGGUCUGCUGUUGGACUACACAGUACAGUCAACACCCAAUGAAAACACUGGCAUCCAUCCAAUCAGUAGGUUCUACCUGGGUCUUUGAGGAGUGAGAUGAUUGGACAAACAAAGAACAACUCUCUGAACCGACCAACCGCAUUCACCUUAGUGUGACUUAGGUCCUCCCAACAGAUGCGUACCCUAACUUAAUACUCGUCAUGUAGACACAAUGCAGAUGCAAAACGGAUCGUGUCAGCAGACGUCUGAUCAGAUGAAUGUAUUCAUUUCAGCAGUUAAAACCCUAAAUAUGGAUCCCCACAAAAAUCACUCAUUACUUUUUCUCCUGGUCUUUUCUUAACAAUAUUUUCUUCUGGUUUGUGAGAGCGUGUGUGUUUGUGUAUAUACUGUACAUGUGCGUGGGUGUUAGACAAAAUGACAUCGCAUCAUUUAAAAUAAAUGUUGAGGUGAUAUAUUAUAAAUGGCUUGAAGAGCAUAAAUUAUAAAAUGGUGUUGAUUUUGAAUGGUUAACUUGUAAAGCCUGACUAUUGAAGUCACUUAAGAGGUUUAUAAAAUGUUUUGCAGGUAUUUAUAGUUUUUAAUGUAGGAACGUUCUUUGUAUAAAAAGGUUAUGUUACUUUAUUAAGGAGUGUCCCUUAAAAUGGUACCUUAUUGUGUUUAUUUGAUUGACAUUUUAGGUCUUGUAGUUUCAGAUGAAAUGUUCAAGUGACUCCCCCUGCUGUGAUAUGUAUGAAGGUGAAUGUUCAUAGGUUGUAUAUAUUGCAGUAUAAUUAAAAUGUCUGUUUUCUCACCAGCCUGGUGUUCCAAAAAUCCACUGAAAUGGGACUUUUCAGUCAAAUCGUUUGUGUUGGAUUAAUUCGCAAACGGAAUUGGGGUUUUACGGCCUACUGUUAUUUUUUUAAAUAACUCUCACAAAGGACUGUUUUGUAAGGUUUUCAAACUAUUAACAAACCUCAUCACAAUAAAUGGAAUGACUACCUACAAUAGGCAUAGCUAAAUACUUUAGGGUGCUCUCUGUGUUGACUUGGGGUGCUGCUCUAUAGAAAAGAAGGAAGGUACAAAGUUUCAGUUCUAUGUAAUAUUAACAGGCAAUGUUUUUUUAAGGCCCUGUACUACUACGAAUUGGUUUAUAGUCUGUAAGCACAUAGGUAAUAUCAACUCAUAGAAUUUUAUAAUUUUUUUUUGAAAGAAGAAUGUGAAAAUUCCAAAUUGUCUACAAACGCUGAAAUGAAGUUGUGCUCACAUAAUCAAGUGUUUAUGAAAAUGUGUGGCCAGAAAAUAUUUUGUAGGUUUGCACUGGUUAUUAUGAUGUCUCUCUUAUGACGCAAAGUAUAUUUCUUAUUUUUAUGAUGGCCAAUUUCUCCCGAUUUGUUUUCAUGACAAGGCAUUUUUAAGGGUUGAGCAAACUGUCAAUAUAAGGAUGCACUGAUGCAAAUUAAGUCACAUUGGAAAAGUCUUUUUAAUAGAACAGAUGUACUGCUCUCUUUGCAAAUCCAAAGAAUUUAAUACAACCUUUAAAAUAAACUUAAGCCAUGAAGUGUUACUGUGUUAACAGCCUUUUGUAAGGUAUGCAUUUUGGCAAUCAUGAGGAAGUUUUAGGGAAAGGGGUUGCAUAUAUAUAUUCAAAUAACUCUGGUUAAAUUUAAUACAUUUUAUCCGCUCUGAUUCUGACUGAUCACUACUUUUUUUUGUAAAAAAUGUUUCUUAAUUUAUAGUUUGCUAUUUUAUCAAUUGGUAAAUAUUACAUGCAAGUACCUUAACAUGCUAAAGACCUAGCAUAAUGCCUUAGAUCUGUUUUUCUGUCUGGUGUUACUGUGAAGUUGACAGUUGUAUUAUAUGUAUAGUGAGAUAAUGCUGAAGAGUGCAUCAUCACUCAAUGGUAGUGUCAGAAAUGGCAUCCUAUUCACUCUAAGGCUAUGGUCAAAAGUAGUGCACUAUAUAGGUAAAAGCCUGCCAUUUCUUACACUGUCAGUGUACUUGUGCUUUAGUAAGACUACUAUACCCCUGAUUCAUUCAGUUGGUAGAUCCCCCCCCCCCAUACAUUAUAUUUGCGAUCAGUUGUAUUAUAAUUUGUACAGUUGUUUCAUUUUGUCUAUCUUUAAGAUGAGUAUGUUAACAAUAAAAUGGAAAAUCAAAGCAAUAUUGUAAAACAUAAGAGUUCGUGUAGAAAGCUUAGUGUUGCAGUUCAGAGAUUUAUUUUUCCAGGUGAGAUGUUCAUAUUAAAUAUCUCUGGUCACCUGCAUCAAUGUUCAGCAAGGUUUUGAGCAUUUUAUGCAAAAAGUUUGAUUUACACACCUUAUGCAAGCUAUUGAGUAAUAUUGAUUUUUGCCAAUGCUGCUUGCUAAUUUAUGAUUUAUGCCAUUGUAAAUAAAUUAUUUUUAUUGUUAUCUUGA